CCAGGACUGAUAUUAUACACGGCAUCAACGAUGUCAUCAGUUACUAUACACUGCUUUGAGUUUUUAAAGAAAUAUCGUUGUUUACUAUACUCUCCCAUAGACUGUAAAUACCGUGUACCCUCCGCAGCGCCACAUGUAGAUCUCCUCCAGGUGGCGGUAAUUCACCCUACAUUACAAACUACCGGAAGUCUAAAAAGAGCAGAAGAAGGAAGAGGAGGGGGAAAUAGCAGGAAGGCGCGGAGUGUUUCAGACGAGCUGUCCAGAGACAUGUCACAACAGAUGGGAGACAGCCAUCGAAGGUUUCUACAAACCAUGAUGGCCAAUGGCAUCGUUGACGAACAAGGAGCAAGGGCUCUUUAUCAGCAUUGCUGUGAAACACACAGCACACAGUGCACCCCUGACAAAUUGGAUGAUUUCAUUGAUACCAUCAACUCAAGGCUGCAGCCCAUGUUCAUGCAGAUUAGAAAAGGGAUGUCUGAGGACAACGGUCAGCAAUACUAUGCCUUGGUGAACAUGGCUGAGACCAAUGUCACCAGAAUGUCAUCAGAUUAUGCCGACAACGAGUUGGAGCUGUUCAGGAAAACGAUGGACCUGAUUGUGGGCUCUGAGAAUGGCAAGGCCUCCUCCACUGACAUCCUGAACAGCACUGACACCAUGACCGCCAAAAAGCUGAAGAAGAGCGAGACCGAGCACCUCUUGAACCGAUUUGUGAAUGACAAAUGGCUUAAUGAGAAACGGGGUGAGUACACCCUGUCCACCAGAUGUAUUAUAGAGAUGGAACCAUACAUCCGUGCAAUGUAUCAAGACCAGGUCAAAGUGUGCCACAUCUGUCGCAACAUCGCUUUCCAGUGCCAAAUUUGUGAAAAUCCUGCAUGUGGAAUAAAGAUACACAACCCAUGUGUGGCCAGAUACUUUAAAGGAAGAUCAGAGCCACGGUGUCCGGCUUGUGAUGACUUUUGGCCCCAUGAAAUCCCUGAAGUCAGACGGCCCCAGUCACGGUCCAGGAGAUGAGGACUCAAGCAAAUUGUUUAUGACUGUAACUGAACUGCCUGAAAUGGCUGUAACGUGAGACUGCAUGGCACGAGCCUGAGACACCGCCACGACAAACACCCUCAUGUACAGAAUGA